UCGUGUACAAAUCAUCGUACAGUGUCAGUGAUUUGAUAUUGUUUUACCAGAAAUCCCACAAAAAUGGCUGUUGAUCACACACUGGAGGAGAUGAUGGCCAUGCUUGGCGAAUUUGGCCGAUACCAGGGAUUCCAAUUUUUUCUGCACAUUUUGUCUGCUCUCACAGCCGGCUUGCACAUGCUUUCACUGGUCACAGUAAUGGCUACACCAGAUCACAGAUGUUACGUGGAUCAAUUGGAUAGAAACGGUACAUUAUAUCCUUGGAACAGCUCAGAAGUAGCAGACUACAUUCCAGUAAAGGCCAGUGGAGAGUUGGACUCAUGUCGAGUGUUCAUCAAUGGCAAUGAGACAACCACAUGUUCCUCUUACGUUUACGAUCACACGUACUACGAAACGUCGAAGACUAUUGAUUGGGAUUUCGUCUGCGACAAGCGUUGGAUGGCGUCUAUUUCACAAACAGUCUACAUGUUUGGAGUCUUCACCGGUGCAGUUGUACUGGGCGGAUUAGCUGACAAAGUAGGCCGUAAAGCGGUCUUCUGCUGGUCGGCCACACUCCAAUUAAUUCUUGGAGUAGCUGUCGCUUUUAUUCCUGAGUACUACUCAUUUCUUGUAGUGCGUUUUUUUUACGGGAUUUUUGGCAGCGCUGGUAGUUAUAUUACUGGCUUUGUACUCACGAUGGAGUUGGUGGGAUCCAGCAAAAGGACUGCCUGCGGUAUCGCCUUCCAGGCUACGUUUGCUGCUGGUGUGAUGCUCGUGGCAGCAUGGGGAGCUCUCAUAAAGGACCACGUGCUUCUCCAAGUAGUUUAUGGUCUACAUGGAUGUUUACUUCUUGCUCACUGGUGGCUCAUGGAUGAAUCCCCCCGAUGGCUUUGGAUGCAAGGCCGCACUCGUGAAGCCAUCGAUAUUGUUGCCAAGGGACUGAAGAUGAAUGGGCGCGGUAUCACAAUGGACAAGGAGUAUUUUGAGAGAAAGACCAAAGCCACGAUGACGCAGAGUGAUGAUGCUCAGACAAAUGCUGGCGUCUUGGAUCUCUUCAAAACCCCGAAUCUUCGCAUGAAGACUAUCAACGUGUGUGUCAACUGGUUUGCUAAUUCCCUGGUAUACUACGGUCUCUCACUAAGCACUGGAAAACUUUACGGGAAUCCUUUUCUCAUCCUCUUCAUUAUGGGCCUUGUAGAGUAUCCCAGUUAUAUCGUUGUGGUCCUCCUGUUAGACAAGAUGGGUCGCCGAUUCCUUACUAGCUUCCUUAUGCUGGCUGGCGGACUUUGCUGUAUUGCAGCUACACAGAUGCCUCAAGGCACUACAACAACUACUGGUAUUGUGAUGAUGGGGAAGCUCUUCAUUGCUGGCUCUUUUGCCAUAAUUUACAAUUACUCAGCUGAACUCUUUCCCACCGUCGUACGCAAUUCGGCCAUGGGAUUGGGCUCUAUGGCUGCACGUUUGUCAGGCGCUCUGACUCCGCUGAUCACUCUUCUAGACUCCUUUGAUCCAACAGUACCGGCCAUUAUCUUUGGCGUAGUAGCUCUGUUGUCUGGCUUCUGGACACUAUUCCUUCCCGAAACAAUGAAUCAACCGAUGCCGCAAAGCAUACAGGAUGGAGAGACCUUCGGCAAAGGCGAUACUUUCUUCACAACAUUUCUUGGACGCAAGAAACGUGAUGUAGUUCAACCUGUACACAUGGAGCAAAUGGUACCUCUUCAGAACAAUGAUAAAUGA